GUACGACCUCCUUCCCUCGACGCCCUCAUCUCCGCUAUUGAAACUGGGGAAUGGCCCCGCUUCGACGAUAUCUGAGGAUAACCAAGCAUUCCGUCCUUGAAGUCCGCAUCUAUCUCGAUCGGCCGGCUGAUGCUGAGGCAUGGCUUCUGAGACGCAACAAUCCAGCUCUUCCACGCGUCAUUCAAGCUGUGCGACCGCUAAUCUUACCCAAGUUGCGUGAAGAAAAUGAACGGGUAAAGGGCAGGGGAGCAAGGGCUCGGAAGAAGGGGGUCAAGGAUGUUGUUGUUGAGGGUGAGUUUGGCUACACAAAAUGUUUCUUGUACCACCUAAUCCUACUCAUCGCUGACGUUUCUGUAGACGAUUUUGAGGUCUCGAUCUUCUUGACGGAGCUCUCAUCACGUCAUUCCGUCCUAACAAAGCAAAAGGUCUUCAAGGACAAACCUCGUAUUCAAAGCAACUCGGGCAAGCUCACUAGCUGGCUGACUGCAGGGACGAAUGAGCAGCCCGUGGUCAUUGCCGAGGACAACCAGGAGCCGAUUAUCCUGGAAGAGGAAGAUGACGAUGUGGCAGUUAACCUGGAUGAUAUUCCGGAGGUUGGCGGAGGUUGUGACGGUGACACUAUUCGAAACUCCAGCCGGAAUAAACGCAGGAGACGUUCGGCCAUGGAAGAAGCAGUCAGCGAUUCCAGUGACUCAGAUGACUCGUUUCGAUUCGAACUAGCACCUCUAACCAAGCGUAGCAAGAGAGGCGAACGCACUUUGGAUGCUGCUGAUCUACGCAAAGACGGACCAGAGCAGCAGGACGAAAAAAAAACCCUCGGGCUGAACACAUCAUACGAUGGCUUCAAUAUUUACGGUCGCAUUCUUUGUUUGGUUGUGAAGCGGAAGGCCUCUAGGGCCUCGGCUGCUACAAGUGGGGUCCCAUCAAGCCAACAGAUGCUUGAGAACUGGGUCUCAACCCAAGCUGCUGCAGGGCAGGUCGAUGAUGACGAU